AUGCCGUUUGGCUUGUGCAACGCACCGGCAACGUUCCAAAGGUGUAUGAUGAGUAUAUUUGUGGAUCUUUUGGAGCAAUGCAUGGAGGUGUUUAUGGACGAUUUUUCUGUUUAUGGGGACUCUUUUGACCUUUGCUUGGACAAUUUAGCUAAUGUAGUGCUUUCUUUUGUUCGGAAUAACAUUAUUUGCCGCUUUAGAUCACCACGAGCAAUCGUGAGUGAUCAAGGCUCGCACUUUUAUAACAAAAAGAUGGCAAGGUUAAUGAAGAAGUAUGGCAUCAUCCAUAAGGUAGCCACAGCAUACCACCCCCAAAUAAACGGCCAAGCCGAGGUUUCCAAUUGGGAACUCAAGCGCAUAUUGAAAAAGGUUGUGAAGCCUCAUAGGAAAGAUUGGAGUUCUAAGCUCGGCGAUGCGCUUUGGGCCUACCAGACGGCAUAUAAAACGCCAAUUGGUAUGAGCCCGUUCUGGUUGGUCUAUGGGAAGGCUUGCCAUCUACCGGUGGAGAUAGAACAUAAAGCGUAUUGGACCGUAAAAGAGUUAAAUACGGGUUUUGGGGUUGGGGUCGAAAGGAAGUUACAAUUGGUGGAGCUUGAGAACCUUCGCUUGGAAGCCUAUGAGAAUUCAAGACUUUACAAGGAGAAGAUGAAAGCGGUGCAUGAUAGAAAUAUUAGAAGAAGAUAG